UUGUCACUGGCAAAACAAUGAGUUGUGAGCAGGAGAGAAGGACAGACGACCCUGAGUCUAAGCGCUGCUCCAAGAGAUGCACGUCUGAUCUCGACUGUCUCAACGACAGGAAAAAGUGUAUGUGUGACGGCAGGUGCGGCAAGAGCUGUAUCAACCCCAACCUGCGCUGUUACCCCACCCCACAGGACAUACCCAAUGGUCGCGUGGAGAUCAAACCUUACAACAGAUUUGAAGCGUUCGCCGCCUACACGUGCAAUGAGGGCUACACACUGGUGGGCCUACCAGCACGUGUGUGUCAGGGGGACGAGACCUGGAUUGGAGACGAGCCGAAAUGUGUGCCAAAUUACGGACAAACGGACUGGUUUAAGGACUGCCUCCCCCCGCCCCCCGUCCAGCACGCCACCCACGACGGCGCCCCGGGUCAGUACAGGUUCCCCCAGGGUACCAACCUGCAGUACACCUGUGGCCCGGGCUUCACCGCCCAGAAGGACAGCGUGGAGAGGGCGUGGUGUGUCCCCGGGGGGGUCUGGGUGGGGCCGAACCUCACUUGUUCUACUUCUGGCUGCCCCGACCCCCCCAACAUCCCCAACGGCUAUGUGAGGGUGAGCGCUCAGAGCGGCCUUGACAGUAGGGUGACCUACACGUGCAAGACGGGAUACGUGCCCGUGGGGUCAGAGGUCAGGACCUGCCUCAAGGACGGCACGUGGGACGGGGUGGAGCCCCAGUGUGUGCAAGUUGCCUGUGGUCCCCCGCCCUUUAUUGAAAACGCUGACCACGACCUACCCAAGGAUCAGAUGAAGUUCAUGACCGGCACCCAGCUGACCUACCACUGCAGGUUCGGCUUCUACAGGGAGGGGAGCAACAUGGCUAUCUGUAGCGGUGCUGAGGGCAAGUGGAUAGGGCCCAAUAUGUCGUGUAAAGCCCGAGACUGCGGGGACCCAGGGGAGAUCGCCCACGGCUGGCGUGACCCAGGCUACAGGUUCGUGUACCCCACCCGUGUGACGUACCACUGCUCUGAGGGCUACGAGCUGAGGGGGAGGCCGUACAGGGAGUGUAAGGCCAACGGCGAGUGGUCAGACGGGAGGCCGGAGUGUGAACCCAUCAACUGUAACGAGGUCCAAGCUCCCAUCCACGGCUAUCUGUACGGCUCUAGUACAACCUACGGCUCCAUUAUCAAGGUCACGUGCAAAAGUGGGUUCAAGGUCGUUGGCUCGGCGGAAAGGUCAUGCCAGUCAGACAGGACAUGGAGUGGUCUGGAGGCAACAUGUGAAGAGAUCAACUGUGGCAACCCAGGACCUCUACACAACGGUUAUCUUGACGGUCAUUCAACAACAGUAGGAAACAUUUUACACUUCAGGUGCCGGGAGAGGACGAGGUUUAACGGUACAUCGUUUUCCACGAGGUGUUUGGAAAAUGGACAGUGGUCAGACCCUUUGCCCAGGUGUCUAGGUCAAUGCCCCCUGCCCUCUAUUGAGAGCGGCUCCAUCCCCAACGUCAAGGAAGGCAUGUACGUGGACCACGGCUUGGCCGUUCACCCCAAGUGUCACAACGGUCUCGUGCUCAAUGACCUUCAACCUGUCACGUGUGACAACGGCACAUGGACACACAUCCCUAAAUGUGUACCUGCGCCCUGCAGAGACCCGCCCCCGCCCAUCGAGAACGGGCACCGGACAUUCUUCCAGCAGAGCCACGGCACCCGUGUCCGGUACUUCUGUAUGGCCGGCUACAAGCUGGCGGACGGUCACCGGUUCAUGGUGUGUGAGUUUGGUCAGUGGAAGGGGCAGCUACCCGUGUGUGUAGAGAAUCUAUGCGAGAAUCCUGGCCAACUUGUCAACGGCAACAUCUACAAGGUCGGCAAGCACGGCAAGUUCCAGUUCCGUGAGUACAUCUUCACCAUCCGGCACGGUGACCGGCUGGUCUAUGAGUGUAGCCGGAACUACAAGUUGAUCGGACCCAGGGGUGCGGCGUGCGUCAACGGCAAGUGGAGCCCCCAGGAGAAGCCCGUCUGUGAGAAGUCGAGCCACCCCCUCUUCACCAAACUCUGGAAACCUUACGAGGAGAAUGGCAGCUCUAGGGGCAAUUUGUUUUAUUAAUUAGGUCAAGGGAAAUGUAUUGUUUUAAUUAGGUCAAGGAGAAUGUAUUGUAGUAAUUAGGUCAAAUGAAAUAAAUUGUAUUAAUUAGGUCAUUGUGAAUAUAUUGUAUUAAUUAGUUCAUGUGGGAUAUAUUGUAUUAAUUAGGUCAUGGGGAAUGUAUUCAGUAACUAGGUCAAGGGGAACACUUUCUUCAAACACGACUUUUAUAAUUAUAAAUCAAAGCUUGUAAAAACAGAAAGUUUUCCGUGACUAAUAUCUCAGCUGAGAUCUUAAACCGUGAAAUUCUUUUUCUCCUUACAUUAAAAUUUGUUUUAUCUAUUUAAAAAAAAAACGCGAAGUUUAAAAAGAAUUGUAAUUGUCUUGUGAAAAUUGUCAGCAUUCAGCCUUUUUCUACUGGCAUUGUUUACUUUUUUUUUCUUUUAGUUUUUUUUUAUUCAAAUUAUCAAAUCAAUAUAUGUAACGUAUUUAACUUGUUUUAUUUUUACAUUUGAAAUGAGUUAUGAAUACUCUGUAACUAGUGUAUGAACUAGGGUAGUGUUUAGUUUUAGGCGUCCUAUGCAAGUGAUUCAUGCCUUUUAGAGACAUUUCAAAGCUACAUCUAGAUCUGUACUUGUUAGAUCUAGAUCGACAUCUAUACUUGUUAGAUCUAGAUCAACAUCUGUACUUGUUAGAUCUAGAUCUACAAGAUAGCACCUCUAUAAGCUCUCUGCAUAGAAAAUCAUUAGUUCGUGGUUCACUUUUACAAUUAGCUCGCACCGAAAAAGUGUACAAUUAGUGCGCACCGAAAAAGUGUACAAUUAGUGCGCACCGAAAAAGUGUACAAUUAGUGCGCACCGAAAAAGUGUACAAUUAGUGCGCACUGAAAAAGUGUAAAAUUAGUGCGCACUGAAAAAGUGUACAAUUAGUGCGCACUGAAAAAGUGUAAAAUUAGUGCGCACUGAAAAAGUGUACAAUUAGUGCGCACUGAAAAAGUGUAAAAUUAGUGCGCACUGAAAAAGUGUACAAUUAGUGCGCACUGAAAAAGUGUACAAUUAGUGCGCACUGAAAAAGUGUACAAUUAGUGCGCACUUUUCCUCAGUCAAAAUGUUGGUGCGCACCUCUAUCAAUCACUGGCAACAUCUACAGCUAGUAAACUCACCAUUCCAGGUCAUCAACCUCACAUUUUAAUCAACCUUUCAACAUUUUAAUUAACAUCACAUUUUAAUAAACCUUUCAACAUUUUAAUUAACAUCACAUUUUUAAUCAACCUCACAAAAUUUAAUUAACAUCACAUUUUUAAUCAACCUCACAACAUUUUAAUUAACAUCACAUUUUUAAUCAACCUCACAACAUUUUAAUUAACAUCACAUUUUUAAUCAACCUCACAAAAUUUAAUUAACAUCACAUUUUUAAUCAACCUCACAAAAUUUAAUUAACAUCACAUUUUUAAUCAACCUCACAACCAAACAUAACCCCGAGCUUAGAUUAGCCUUUAACCUAAACCAUAAACCAAACAUAACCCCGAGCUUAGAUUAGCCUUUAACCUAAACCAUGAACCAAACAUAACCCUGAGCUUAGAUUAGCCUUUAACCUAAACCAUAAACCAAACAUAAGCCCAAGCUUAGAUUAGCCUUUAACCUAAACCAUAAACCAAACAUAACCCCGAGCUUAGAUUAGCCUUUAACCUAAACCAUAAACCAAACAUAACCCCGAGCUUAGAUUAGCCUUUAACCUAAACCAUAAACCAAACAUAACCCCGAGCUUAGAUUAGCCUUUAACCUAAACCAUAAACCAAACAUAACCCCGAGCUUAGAUUAGCCUUUAACCUAAACCAUAAACCAAACAUAACCCUGAGCUGGAAGGUUGUGACUAGUACACAGUGGCGUCGCUAGGUCGGGUGUCAACCCCC